AUGAGACCAGUCACCGGAUCCCUCUCAGGGAAGGUAAAUCUUCCCUGCUUCUUCUCCAUCAUCCCAACAUCGGCGCCAUCGAUCAUUUCCAAUGGAACAGCGCAUCAAAGCAGAGACUACUUACGGAUCAAAUGGACCAGAAUAGACGGAGGAAUAGAGUCCACGGUGCUGGUGGCACAGAAUGGCGUAAUCAAAAUAGGCUCGAGCUACAGGAACCGCGUCUCAGUGCCCAGUCACCCUGAGGAUGUAGGCGACUCCUCACUGACGAUGGUCAAGCUGCGCGCCAGUGAUGCGGGCACGUACCGGUGUGAGGUCAUUUACGGCAUUGAGGACACCCAGGAUACAGUUAACCUUGAUGUCAACGGCGUUGUGUUUCACUACCGGACAAGCACCAACAGAUACACUUUGGAUUACCAGAGCGCUGUCCAAACUUGCCAAAAUGUUGGAGCAACUAUCGCUACAUAUGACCAACUGAAAGCAGCUUAUGAAGAUGGCUUUGAUCAAUGUGAUGCCGGCUGGAUUGCUGACCAGACAGUGAGAUACCCAAUUACAAGGCCAAGGAAAGGCUGCUACGGCAACCUACUGACGAAGCCUGGAGUCAGGUCAUAUGGGAACCGGAAAGAGACAAAUACCUACGAUGUUUACUGUUACGUAGAGAAACUAGAUGGCGAAGUGUACUAUGCUCCUGUGACCCGUAAGAUGACCUUUGAAGAGGCAAGUGCAAAAUGUAAGACGAGCAAUGCUGUCCUUGCAUCUCCUGGCCAGCUCCACGCUGCUUGGCGUCAAGGCCUGGACAGAUGUGACUAUGGCUGGCUCUCCGACGGCAGUGUACGACAUCCUGUUGCAGUACCCAAAGUGCAAUGCGGGGGAGGCCUGCUUGGCGUCAGGACCAUGUACCGUUACAGAAACCAGACUGGAUUCCCUGAACCAACCAUGAAACUUGGAGCCUACUGUUUCAAAGGAGUGAACUCGUGUACGGAAAAUAUUUGUCUUAAUGGAGGAUCUUGCUCCAAGAGUGGCAGCAUCUAUACAUGUAUCUGUGCUCCGGGUUACAGUGGUGAUUUGUGUGAAACAGAUUUCGAUGAGUGCCAGUCAAACCCUUGCCGCAAUGGAGGUACAUGUGUUGAUAGGCUGGCUUCCUUUACAUGUGUGUGCCUCCCGAGCUACUCCGGGCUGCAUUGUGAGGAGGAUACAGAAACAUGUGACUAUGGCUGGCAUAAAUUCCAGGGCCAUUGCUACAAGUACUUCCCCCACAGAAGAAACUGGGACACAGCCGAGAGAGAGUGUCGCAUGCAGGGGGCUCAUCUCAGCAGCAUCAUGGCCCACGAGGAGCAACAGUUUGUCAACCGUCUGGGAAAGGAUUACCAGUGGAUUGGCCUUAAUGAUAAGAUGUUUGACAGUGACUUCCGCUGGACUGACGGCAGCCCUGUGCAUUAUGAGAACUGGAGACCCAACCAGCCUGACAGCUUCUUCUCCUCUGGUGAGGAUUGUGUUGUAAUGAUAUGGCAUGAGGACGGCCAGUGGAACGAUGUUCCUUGCAACUACCACCUAACAUUCACUUGUAAAAAGGGAACAGUGGCCUGCAACCAACCCCCUCUGGUGGAGAAUGCACGUUCCUUCGGUAAGAAGCGUGCGAGGUACGAGAUCAACGCAUUGGUGAGAUACCAGUGCCAGACAGGCUUUAUUCAGAGGCACGUCCCAACUAUUCGCUGUCGUGGGGAUGGGCGAUGGGAUAACCCUAAAAUCACCUGCAUGAACCCAUCCAGCUAUCAGAGGACCUUUAUCAGAAGACAUCAACACAACAGCCUCUACAGUAUCAACAACUUCAAGAGAUGGCCAGACGAGGCCUUCCGCUUCCAGCAGCAGCGCUACCGGGGAAGAAGAGCCAGGACUGAACACAAGCAGGAGAGGCAGUAAUUAACAUGUGACGUGAUACAGCUUACACAAGAACACAGGGCUGAUGUUUGUGUGGAAAGAGGAAAAGGAUUCCCCAAUUAAAAGCACAGGAGGACUAAGAGAACGUGUAGUUUUCUUACAUUUUGGAAGAAGAUGGAAUGUAGUGCCUUUUAAAAAGAUGUUGAAUCAUGUCUUUUCUUGUCAAGGGGCACAAUGUCAAUGCGGAUAAAAUACUUUCAGCCGUCUACUGGAAAAGCAAAAAGUACACUCAUCAUUCUUUUUCUAACUGCGAGAUUUAAUUCCUUGUUCUUAGCGCAAACUAGUAAUCCAUCCAUGACUGUUUAAUAUGUCCGUAGACUGACCGACUGCUAUUUAAACUCACCGUAAGUGUUCCUUAAUCGUAGAAAUAAGCUAUUGUGAAAUUAAAAGCUUACUUUAUGUAAAGGAAACAUGAUGUUGUCGUGCUGUUCUAAGCUGGACUUCGUUUUAAUCAGCAUGGUUACAUAUGCAUCUACAUUAAAGUCGUAAAAUGGAAUUAUGUUUAUUCAAUGGGAUGACAACAAGUUAUCAGAACACAAAUCGAGGUGUCAACAUAUGAUCAUUCAAAGGGCUCUUAGUUUUUAGUAGAAGAUGUAUGAUACACUGACAGAAUUUUCUCUCUCCAGUCUCCAAACCUAAUCAGCAUGGUUUCUUGGCUUUGAUACUUUUACCUCAGUAAACCUCAGUUUCUGGGGAAACAUCAACAAAUUGUGCCAAAUCACCAGUUGUCAUCAGCCUCAGCCGUCAAUGGAUAUCAUCAAUGUUUGUCAAGUUUUUUUGAUAGAUUUCUAUAGCGAGAAGUUUGACGAGUGUAUCGUCGUAAGAUAUUUAUUUUGUGUGACUUUUUUCAAUUUAUAUGAGAGUUUCUCUCUAAGUACUCACCGACAAAGCCUUCAUCCACUGAUGGAAAUUGAUUUCUAUUAGUAUUUUCAAAUGAAAGAAAAGAAAGUGGCUCAAGCAGCCAUAUAUUUUAUUAUGUGUGGUGAGGCAAUAAAUGACAAUUAAUUGCUUCAGCAUGUUUACAAUAACUGUAAUGCUGUUUGGAAUUAAACAUCGGUCCUGCUAUCAUCUUUCAUGCUGUAGCCUGUGAUGGUUUUCUGGCUUAAUCUUUUCAUUCUGGAAGCUUCACUUUUCUGUUAUUCGUGUCCACUGAAAUCAGCCUUUGAGAGAAUGUAUUUUGUGAAACCCUCAAAAAGACUUGAACAUAACGGCUGUUCAGGCACAGAUGCAUAUCAUUUAUUUUCAAGCUGCUGUUCCUUAUUUGUUCUGUAGUUGCAGGUGAAAAAGGAUGCUGCCAUCUUUCCGAGAAGUUCUCCUCAUAUAUUUGUAUUGUAUGUUCAAAGGAAACCAGCAGCAAACACAAACUGUCUAAAUGGAAUGCAUUGAAGAUAAAAAAAGUUGCUUAACAAUACAAUUUAGUUGUCUUUUGAUCUUUAGUUUGACCAAAUAAUAUGGCGUGCCCCAUUAGCUGCAAUAAUAUUGUGUAACAUUAACAACAUCUUUGUACAUGUGGAUGAUUAUGUAUCUGCAGAAUUUCUUUAAUGGCUGUGAAUGUUUAUGUGUGCCCUUUAGUGUGCAUAUAAUAUUGUUUUAUAUUUAUAACUUUUUACUUUUCAAUGUGAAUGUAUGGGAUGUUUGUGAAGAGAUCAAAAAUGUUCUUUUAAUC